AUGGCAACUACAGAAAAGUUGCAGAAUGAGAUUCUACUGAAGGAAGAGGCAUUUUUAAAAGAAGAGAAAGCUAAAUUAACUGAACAGCUCAACAAACUGAAGGUACAGAUGUAUUCACAGUACACUCGAUCUUUGUGGGUACAGUAGAUUAUUAAGCUUAUUAUUUUUGGUAAUUCCCGGAAAAGUUGAGUUAACAGAUAGUAACAGAUCUCGUAAGAGUAUUAAAAAAAUUAAAGAUGUGUUAGUGUAUUAAAUAAAAUGUUGUUAUCCAUUUUAUUCUAAGGUUUUGUUUAGUAAACUUUUGAGACAUUCAAAGUCUCCUUUUUAAGCAGGUAAAUAGUGUAUAUCACUAUAAUUACUCAGGUGGUUUUAGAGAUUUGUGUGUCCUGAUUGGUUGAGGAUUGUGUUGAAUGCCACUACAAUCAACAACAACAACAACAAAAAAGCAUGGACAUGGAAGCACCCUAAGCAGUGCUGAAUGCAUUUUUUUUAGGGGGGUCUGGGUGUGAAUAAUCUGGAUGCUUAAAUUUGGCAAAUGCCAGAAUUCCAUAUUGAACAUGAAAAUAAUACAAACAAAAUACAGUCCUUGUUGUGGACAAAGAAAUAGUAAAAACUUCCAAUUUGACUUAGCCAUUAAAUCAGUCAAACGUGGCUUCAAUCAACUCUAAUAUGUGUAGUUCAGUGUUACAUUAGGGAAAUAAAUGCUACACUAUGCACAUCAGGCUACCAUUUUGUGCUGUCUAAAUUUGGUGGGCAAAUAUAUACCUCCGGCCCCACCAGUAGUGCUGCUCUUGGUAAGUCCAUUGCAGUGAAAAUGCAUUAAAUAACUGGAGUUUGUUUCAGUUAAACAUCUGUAAAUUUUGCUAAGUAUUUCACUACUGUUUGUGUUUUAUUUGUGUACUCAGAAAGAACCAGGUCAACAGUGGUGGAUCUAGACCUUCAGAUAAGGGGGGGCCUGGUCAUUCAGACCCUGAGAUCAGAGGGGGGAGUGGGGGGGGGGAGAUUUCAAAAGUUUUCUUUUGGCCCUUCGGGCCUCAGUUUGGUCUAAAAAUGGGGAUUGCAGACCUCCCCUGUAUCCGCCACUGGGCAAGACUUACUGUACACUCGUUCUAAUUUUGUGCUUUUUUCUUUGAAAAAUGACAGAGUCCUCAAGAUUCAUAUAAUAGUUUUCUAAAACCUCAUUUUUCUUUGAAGUAACCUUUUUGUUUACCUUUUAUAGGUUGCAGCAUUUGCUGAUGUCAUCUCUUGUAUAUCAUCUCCGUCUGUUUUAAUCUUUUUACUAGGUUGAGGAGAUGGCUCUUAUGAAGUUGCUGAAACCAGACAAUGAACCAUCUCAUCAUACAACUCUAGAGCUGUUUGCCAAAAAGCCUCAACUUGUAGGUUUAUGUGAAAUUUUUGACUUUUUGGUAUCUGUUCCUUUAACCCUUUUUUUGCGCUCUAUCUAGCCAAAAAGAAGCAAACCUCCCCAAAUUUUUUUUUGCAAUGUCAAGCACUUUGCUGGCUUUUGUUCCUGAUGCUAAAGUAUGGCUUUCAAAGUUUAUUAUUUAGUUCAAAUUUUGGAGGACAAAAAUGUCUCACAGUCUCUGACUCUUACGUGUUUUGUACCUGAACAUGUAAGCGUGAGCAAAGUAGGGGGGGUCCGGUGGCAUGCUCCCCUGGGAAAAUUUCAAAUUUAAGUCUUUUGAAAUGGCUAUAAAUGUAUCUAAAACUACCAUUAGUAGUAUAAAUUUGUAAUUAUUACAUCGGCACUUAAAACAACAAGUUACAACCUAACCCCCUGCCCCAUGUUAGACCAAAAUUUAGAUGAAUAGACUUUGAAGCUUAACCGAACACACGCAACAGUUGAGUGCCACCCGGACAUUUUUAAGCCAGAUUCUCUGAAGGUGCCAAAGUUGCCUUUCCAGUUGUCAUGAAGAGCUACAAAUGCAUUUUUUUACAGGGGGGUGAGGAUGGGUGUUAAUAUGUUCAGCAUGUUUGAAAAAGGAGUUGGGAAAGAAGUGAUCAAAGGAAGUGUGUUUGCAGAGUUAGGAAGGGGAAGCAGGGAAACUUAGCUGAUCGAUCUUUUCACUCCUAUCCCAUCCUAUACCAAGACUUGAACUGAUAAGAGGAAUUUUGUUUGAUGUUUGAACUUAUUCACCUGCCACUUCUAAGCAAACACUUUGAGAACAAGUAAAAACAAUGAGGAGAUUGAAAUGUGUGACAUUUUUAAUAAUAGCAAAUUAAGGGUUGGACAGGUCUGGAGUGCCAAAUUUUGCUGUCAAGUUCUCUGCCCAAGACAAGAAACUUUGCUCUAUAAACUGAUGUGAUCACGACCCCUGUAUAAUGCUUGAAUUGUUUGUACUUACAUUUUGCCCUUUUGAUUUUCAUUUGUUUAAGGCUUCAGCUUCCACCCAGAGGGUCAAUGAGUUUGAAACAGAAACGGAAGUCAACCACAUACCUCUUCAAGCACUUGACAAUCUGGAUAUGUGAGUAAAUGUAAUAGAAAUAUAUUUUCUGAAGUUUUUAGGCAAGAGAUAAUCUGACUCUUGCUUUUUUAUGCUCUCCUCUUAAACUGAAAAUCUCCCCUGUAUUAGAAGUUUUGUUUUUCAGACUUUCGAAAAGCAAAUCAAAGGGCUAGCACAUAGAAAAAUUAUUGUUUAAUUCGUUGUAUUGCACUGCACAUUGGGCACUGCGCAUUUUGCAAUCAUUUGAGGUGGGGUUAAUGCAAAUCACAAUGCAACAUGUUCGCCCAGCUUUGUCUGCUAAAACAAAACUGCAAAUUAAAUGACUCUACACUGCUCAAGAAUAGCAAAGGAAAUUGCCAUGGUAAGUGGAAUUUUUGUCAAGGGAAGGAGCCAGAAAUUGCAUUAUGCACAUUUGUAAAAAAGAUCAGAAAAAUGUUUGAACCAAACUAGUCUAUUAUUACCUGAACCAGGACGAUCACAAGCAACAAACCUUGAAACACAGAAACAAACAAAACGGAUAAAAAUCGCAAAUCACAAACCAUGACCUUUUGAACUUGUUCAAGAAAACAUCUUUCGUAAGAGGUCGCGGGCUAAGAUGAUUGAUGGAACAGAAAAACCCAAAAUUCCUUCAAUGUCUGCAAAACACGCAGCACAAUACAACAAAUUUGGCUGUAAUGUAUUUAUAAUAACAGAAUAGACUUGCAGUAAAGUGGAAGCAUGCAAUAAUUUGUUUCACAUUUAACAAUCAAUUUUAGGAACAGGCACAUUGCUGAAGGGGAGGAAGAAGAGUUUGAAGAUGAUGACGAAGAUGACACAGUUGAUUACAGUAAGUCUUGACCCUUCAGUUUCUAAGAGAUCAGAAGCAUUACAAAUUCCAAAUUUCAUGUAACCCAAAAACAAAUGGAAGUCAAGUGAAAUGACUGUUGCUCUGAUAAAGUUAGUAUAAUAGGGUUUAGUUCAUCGUUUGUCUCAUGAUAAUUUUUCUCACUUUGAUAUUGAUCGCAACGUUUCGACCUCACACUGCAUGUCUUCAUCAGCCUAUAGUGUCAAUUUACUGAGUCAGACUAUUUGUACCACCAUGCAUGGUUGUUAGUGAUUGGUGUACGACACAAACCUCGCUUAUGGUUGGUGGGUUUUGAUCCAAAGUGUUGCUGGUAUUAUCAGAGGAGGAAACUGAUCCCUCUUCUAAUAAUACCAAAAGUCAGUUGGCUUUUGAACUUAAGAAUUCGCUUGUUUUUGAAAAGCGCAGUAAACGAGUGACCAUUAAGUGAGCUUCCACUUUUUGCACACAACACAGUUACUUGUAUGAAGCCAAACAUUUUUUACCUCAGCUACUAACUUGUUGUGUGAAAAUACUUUGCUUGAAAGACAACUAUGUCUGACAGGGUGAAAUUAUAGUUUGUAAACUUUUCAACUUUUAGGUCAACAGCUAUUGAAUGCAAUGUCACAUCUUAACCAGCAAAACAGUAAUAUGGAUCAAGACAACUCCAGGUAAGUACUAUUUUUAAUUUUCUUUUGUCUGCGCCAUGUUUGUUAAACUUUUAAAAGGACGAUCUCACUCCAGAAAGGACACUAUAUUUAUAAUUCCCACAAAGAAAAAAAAAUUAUAAAAUGGCAAAAAUCCCAAACAGUCUGACUACAGUAAAAACCCGUGACUAAGAACCUGCAUUUUUCCAAGUUAACCUAAACAUGCAUGUUCUUAGAUAAAUGGUAAUAAUUAGCACAAAUUUUGGCUAUUUAGGUUCUUUUUUUUCUGAAGAAAUAAAUACAUCGUAGCUAAGAGUAUUUAGCAGUAUUCAGCUUAUUCUGUAUAUAAAAUUGUAUAACUGCAUCAAUAUCAAUUUUUUAUAAUAUUGGCACAUGUAUAUGUUGCAGUUAAUUUUUUAUUUCAGUUAAUUUUUGGUUUUCCUUUGUCUUAAAUUCAUUAGCAUUCAUACCCAGAAACGAUGGAAAAAUAAAAAUUAACUGAAAUAAAAAUUAACUACAACAUAUACAUUGCAGUUGGAGUGAUAAGGCACCUAUGUCUCCAAAGAGGAUUUUCGAAAAUAAGAACCAGCUGUUUCAAAUUUUAGGCUAAACAGGUUCUUGUAUAGAGGGGACCUAACUGGCAAAUUUUAGCCUAACGGGUUGUUGAUAGACUGUUUAUGGUCCCCUAUUUUUCUGUGAGAUCGUCAAGAAAUGGCACGACUUCCCGUCAAUGGCGGCCAUCUUGGUAUGAGACAGAAUUAUAUCACACAUCUUCCAGUUUUUCCUAAUUUUUACUAUCUUAUGAGGAGAAUUUUGUCGUGAUGAGGUGGAAAUCAGGGGCUUAGAAAACAACCAGCAACUAAGAGAAAUGACUCUCAACUUUUUAUCUGUAAAUGUAGAAAUGUCGUCAUGGAUAUAAUUUGACUUUUCAUGUGAUUUGAAACUUGUAACAUACCCCCUUUCUUCUUUCAUUGGAAAUUUUUUCUUUGAUAGGUCUGUCUUCCAUAGCAUAAUGCAGCAAGAGAUUGACGAUUUUAAUGAAGAAGAGGAUGAAUAUUUUAAUUAA